UACUCUCCAGGGCUCCGCCCCAAGCCUCGCGCAGGCGUAGCGUUCAACGUCUCGCCCCCUAGCUGUGCGCGGAUCUGACGUCUGACGCAAUUGCGUCGACGCCAUUUUAGCCGGUCCCAGUCGGCUCUGGGCGUGGCGGCCAUUUUGUUUUGGACACCGAGCGGGAGGCGGCGGCGGCGGCUGUGGUGGCACCGACACAAGGCAGGAAAGGGCAGGCCGGGCAAGCAGGCGGACCCGGCCGACCAGGCAGCCGGCCGGCAACAACGAGCUAACCUAGCAACCUACCGCUUACAUCUCUAACCAACCGCCCACCAAGUCAAGUCAGGUUCCGCCGGGCCCCGGCCCGCGCGCCGCAGCCGUGGUGGCAGCCCCGGGAGGCGCACUGGCGUCCGUUUCCUUCGAUUCUCGGGAUUUGAAGAUGGCUGCACAGUCAGCGCCGAAAGUUGUGCUAAAAAGCACCACCAAGAUGUCUCUAAAUGAGCGCUUUACUAAUAUGCUGAAGAACAAACAGCCGAUGCCAGUGAAUAUUCGGGCUUCGAUGCAGCAACAACAGCAGCUAGCCAGUGCCAGAAACAGAAGACUGGCCCAGCAGAUGGAGAAUAGACCCUCUGUCCAGGCAGCAUUAAAACUUAAGCAGACUUUAUAUGCAAGUCCGGACAGUGGCUGUGGAAGGAUAUGUCCAAGCUGUGGCUGGGCGUCUGGAGGGCGAUGCCAUGCAACUAAGAGCUUAAAGCAGCGCCUGGGUAAGAGUAACAUCCAGGCACGGUUAGGCCGACCCAUAGGGACCCUGGCCAGGGGAGCAAUCGGAGGACGAGGCCUGCCCAUAAUCCAGAGAGGCUUACCCCGAGGAGGACUGCGUGGGGGACGUGCCACCAGAACCCUGCUUAGGGGCGGGAUGUCGCUCCGAGGUCAAAACCUGCUCCGAGGUGGACGAGCCGUAGCUCCCCGAAUGGGCUUAAGAAGAGGUGGUGUUCGAGGUCGUGGAGGUCCUGGGAGAGGGGGCCUAGGGCGUGGAGCUAUGGGUCGUGGCGGAAUCGGUGGUAGAGGUCGGGGUAUGAUAGGUCGGGGAAGAGGGGGCUUUGGAGGCCGAGGCCGAGGCCGUGGACGAGGGAGAGGUGCCCUCACUCGCCCUGUGCUGACCAAGGAGCAGCUGGACAACCAGUUGGAUGCAUACAUGUCGAAAACAAAAGGACACCUGGAUGCCGAGUUGGAUGCCUACAUGGCACAAACAGAUCCAGAAACCAAUGAUUGAAACCUGUCCACCCUACUGUGAGAGACUCUUAUUCAAAAGUCACCACAUCUGUAAAUAACCUUGAGAUAACAGAUGGAGAAGAAACCUGAUCGAUGCUGGAAGGACCUAUCACAAUAGGCUAUGGACUUAUUUGCCACCAGUUUGUGCAUUUAGUGUGUUCCUUUUACUUUUUUUGAUACUGUGUUGUAUGAAACCUUUCUUUCCUCUGACUUGGGUUUUGUUUUGUGUUUGGGGUUUUUUUCCCCAAUCGCUCUGACUUCUCUUUAAACAUGAAUGUGGUGGCCUUGUGGCUAGAACACACUCUUCCCACCUCUGCCUCCCUUCAUCUGUCAUAUGCUCUGAUAUUCUGACAUUCCUCUCGUCAUUUCUGUGUCCCCGUGGAUAAAGCCCCAGAAAGAGCCCAUCAGUGUUACUUCCUGGGUUUCUGAGAAACGGUUCUGUUCUACAUAAUCUUUAAUAGCUUCUUAGAACUGUUCAGAAAAUCUGAAGCUCAAAAAUGAAUUCUGCCACAUUGAUAUUUUGGGGUAGUAAAUUAGGGACACUGAUAUAGCCGCAGGGCCGCAUAACAGGUUACACGUGGUAGCACUUCAGAUUUGAUUAAAGUUACUUCCCAUGUAAGUUGACACCACAUGACAAGUGUGCUGGUGGGUUGGGUCUGUGCACUUUGACCCUGAAAUACUUUGCUCUUGGCUUUGUAUCAUGUCCUAAGAGCUGCUGUUCUGUUGGCUUACACCUGCAAUAGAGAGGAAAUCGCCAUUUCAUUUGGCAGGUUGUUCAGAGAAAGGGCUAGAAUGAUAGCACAUACCUUCUAGGAGUCAGAAGAUACCCACCCUGGAAUGCUAUUGUCCUUAUGUUUAUCCCAAACCAAUCCUGAGCCUCUCCAUUCAUUGGCUUUGUUUGAACCUCUAUUUCCCUUGAAGGUUUAAAUAAGUUCAACCAUAUUCUGUCAACUGUUCCAGUUUUCAGUGGAAUCUUGUAUUUCUGGUUCAUCAUAACAAGAAAUCGUUCUCAAAUCUA